AUGACCUUGGUUCAAGAGAAAUUUUCAGUGUUUGCACACUCUUUCUUCCUUCCCCACCAGCUCUUCUGUUCGCUCUCUUCGCUCAUUGGUCACCACGUGCCCUCUUCCCGGCCUGUCUCACCCUCACAGUCCUCUUGUGCCCCUACCACUCCUCUGCUUGUUCGCAGACUUCAAGUCUCGCUUUCAGAUGGCAACCUGCAAUCUGCGCCUUAG